GAGACACACAAAACCAGUGGAAAUCUGACCUCAUUGGCACGGUAAUUAGCAUCGGGUAAUUCUGAUCGCGAAACGAAACAUAGAUUCUUCAUCUUUGCGGUCAAAGAAUAGUAGCAAAUCAACAAGGUUCCAAAAAAUGCCCGAAACGAUGAAAGCAGUCGAUGUCCGCGGCGGCGCCGGUCCCGCAUCCGCCCUGUUCAUCAACGCCGAGACCCCGAGGCCGACCCCAGGCGCGGGCCAGGUCCUGGUCAAAGUCUCGGCCUUUGGGCUGAACCGGAUGGACCUCCUGCAGCGCGAGGGCAAGUACCCGCUCCCUCCGCAGGCGCCCAAGACGCUCGGCGUCGAGUUCAGCGGCGUGAUCGAAUCAUUGGGCGACUUUUCUGCUUCGGCGUCCACCGACGCAGACGGCAUCCCCUUCAAAAAGGGCGACGCCGUCUUUGGCCUGGCCUACGGCGACGCCUACGCAGAGUACAUCGCCGUGAGCGCCCGCAUGCUCAUGCACAAGCCCGCCGGGCUGACCCACGAGCAGGCCGCCGGCAUCCCCGAGACCUUCAUCACGGCGACGCAGGCGCUGCACCUCGUGGGCGGGUUCGCCAAGGGCGACAGGGUGCUGUGGCACGCGGGGGCGUCGGGCGUGUCCAUCGCCGGUGCGCAGCUGGCGCGGCGGGCCGGAGCCGGAGCCGUCUUCAGCACGGCCGGGUCCGAUGACAAGUGUGCAUUCCUGCGGGAGGAGCUGGGGGUCGACGGCGCCUUCAACUACAAGACGCAGGACUGGGCCGAAGAGGUGCGCCGCGCCACGGGCGGGCGGGGGGUCGAUCUGAUUGUGGACUUUGUCGGCGCCGACUACUUUUCCAAGAACAUGGACGCGGCCGCGCAGGAGGGCAGGAUCGUCUGCCUCGGCCUGCUGAGCGGCGCCGUCGUCAAGGAGGUCAACGUCGCCCAGCUCCUGUUCAAGCGUCUGCGCAUCGAGGGGAGCACCCUCCGGGCCCGCGACGAGGAGUACCAGGGGAUGCUGCGCGAUAGGCUGGAGGAGUGUCUGCCACAGUUUGAGACUGGUGAGCUCAAGGUGUUUGUGGACAAGGUCCUUUCAUGGGAGCAGAUUCAGGAGGCCCAUGAGCUGCUGGAAAAGAAUGUGACCAGGGGUAAAAUAAUCUGUACUAUUCCUUAAAUUAUCGAUAGUAUUCUGGACAACAUGCUUGAGCGUUUACAAUGCUAAAGACCGACUUGGCCAAGCAUCUACCUUUCGAAUUUGUUUACCCUAGGCGUUCGAGUUUGAAGGGGUGCGUACCAUUAUCCGAAGCGAGAUAUUUAAAGAUAAAAAAGACAUGGCCUCGAUCCAUGUGUUAUUACCUACG